AUGCGCCCCCUAUUCACUGCUCUCUGCAUUUGUUUCCUUAUCUGCCUGUCUUCUGCUGCUACUAUCAAGUAUGACUGGCAUGUAAGCUGGAUCACUGCCAACCCUGAUACACUGCAACCACGUCCUGUUAUUGCCAUUAAUGGACAGUGGCCUUCUCCUGUUCUCAGGGGAAACGUCAACGACACACUCGAAGUAACCGUUCAUAAUGACCUCGGAAACCAGUCAUUAUCAAUGCACUGGCAUGGGAUUCAUAUGACGGGUAACAAUAAAGAUGAUGGAGUUCCCAUGGUGACACAAUGUCCUGUCAUCCCGGGAGCAUCAUAUACAUAUGCCGUUCAUCUCGGUCAACCAGGAACUUACUGGUGGCACAGCCAUUCCCCGAGCCAAUAUGUCGAUGGUCUUCGUGGUCCCCUCAUAAUUGAUGAUCCCCAUUCUCCCUACGCUGCCAAAUAUGAUGCCGAGUUGCUCAUGACUGUCUCUGAUUGGUACCAUGCACUACCAGGAAACCCAAACGCUCUUGAGCCAAUUCCUGUUUCUGCUCUAAUGAAUGAUCAAGAACAGCCCACAUUUCCUGUUGAAGCGAAUAAGACCUAUUAUCUGAGGAUUAUUAAUAUGUCAGGAUUCGCGCAAUUCUACUUUCAUAUUGAUGGUCAUAAUAUGUCCAUUAUUGAAGCAGAUGGUGUCUAUUCUGUUGCUCAGCCUGUUGAAGAUCUCUACAUUGCAACUGGCCAGCGUUAUGGUGUCCUCCUGAAGACAAAACCAACUACAGACCGGAACUUCGCAAUUCUGGGGGCAAUGGACCUAACAGGGUUUCCAGGAUCCGCACCCCCGCCACCCCACCCAAAUGUGACAGGAGCACUUGUUUAUAACAGUCAUCUCCCAUUUCCUUCAACACCGUCCGUGGAAAGUUUUACGACGUUUGAUGACUUCUGCCUGGUUCCUUUUGACCAGAUGCCUCUACUCGGACCACCUGAUCAACAAAUUGUCCUCAACUUGAGUACAUUCUCCCAGCUAGUCCCAGGGAACGAGCAAAAUCGGUAUAGAACAAUCUUUUAUUCUUCUCUCACUCCUCCUCGCCUCUCUUUCUCUCCCUCUCUAUAUAAGGAAAUUAGUAAGGUCCCAUCUCUAUACACCGCUCUGUCAGCUCAGCAGUAUGCUCUGAAUCCUAUUGUAUAUGGAAACCAUACGAAUCCAUUCGUUCUCAAGCCAGUGGUCCUGAAAAAAGGUGAAAUCGUUGAAAUUGUCGUAUACAACUUUGAUACUGGAAUACAUCCGAUCCACCUUCACGGCCACACUGUUCAACUGGUGGCUCGCACAAAUAGCACAUGUAGCAAUAGUCCCAUCCCAAUGAGACGUGAUACGUGGAUGGAACCGCGCUGGAAUUCGUCAGACCCGAAUCAUCCCUCCACCGUGGUCCGGUUUCAAGCAGAUAACCCAGGCGUAUGGUUUUUCCAUUGCCACAUGGAAUGGCAUUUGGUUGCGGGAAUGGAUGUUAUCUUCGUCGAAGAUCCAUUGGCGAUCCAGAAAGCACAAUCAGGUAUCCCAGCUUCAAUGAGGGAAAUUUGCAAGAAGCAGAACAUACCACUCAAAGGCAAUGCGGCUGGAAAUUAUCCGGAUUUUUUGAACCUCACAGGAGAGGUGGAUAUAGCUCCUAUGGAAUGCGGGUGUGUUCUUAUCUUCCUACGCCUCCAGGGCCACACUUACUACGUUGAGAUGGAAUGCUGA